AUGCAGAGCUUGACUGGACGCUGGCCCAAGGCUACAGAGAAGAUCGACGGACCACCGUGGGUUAAGCGUGUGGAGGACAUUUUCGACGAUCCUCAGUUCUACAUUGAUGACGCGACCCCUAUGGAUGUACACCAGGGUAGUGGCGGCGAUUGUUGGUUCCUUGCUGCCCUCAUGGCCGUGACGGCGAAGAAAGAGCUCAUUGGCACCAUUUGUGUAGAUCGAGAGGAGUCCAUGGGCGUCUAUGGUUUCGUCUUCUUUCGCGAUGGCGAGUGGAUAUACGAAGUUAUUGACGAUAAGCUGUUCAUGCGCGUUGGUGACGAUGACGACAUAAAAGUAGUGCGGGAUUGGGACAGAGACAAGAAGGAAGGCAUGCCUCUCCAGCACGACGAAGAGAAGUUUAAGAAUAUCCUUCAGCGCGGGGGCGAAGCAUUGUACUUCUCGCACUGCAAGUCCAACGAGACAUGGCUUCCUCUCAUCGAGAAAGCAUAUGCCAAAGCACACGGUGACUACUUCGCUAUCGAAGGGGGCUUCGCUAGUGAAGGGAUCGAGGAUCUUACCGGCGGUGUUGGCGUGGUUCUGAAUCCUGAGGAUAUCAUGGACAAAGAAAGAUUCUGGCGCGAGCAGCUUAGCCAAGUCAACGUGAAGUACCUGUUCGGCGGUGGGAGCAAAGCCAGCUCUUCCAAAGGCGUUAUCGGUGGACACGCUUAUGCUGUCCUUGACAAAUGGGAAAGUGAAGACAAGAAAUUGAAGCUGUUGAAGCUGCGCAACCCAUGGGGUCACCAGGAAUGGGAAGGCGAUUGGUCCGAUGGCAGUAAGCUGUGGACGGCAGACAUGAUAACGAAGCUAAAGCAUGAGUUUGGUAAUGAUGGAGUGUUCUGGAUGUCGUACAAGGACUUUCUCAAGCACUUCCCUUGCAUCAACCGUGUUCGGCUCUUCGACAAGACGUGGAAGGUCUCACAGCAGUGGACCUGUGUCCAGGUGCCUUGGACAGUGGACUACCUCGACACCAAGUUCACCUUCACUAUAUCCGAGCGCGGCCCGGUCGUGAUCGUGCUAUCUCAGCCAGACGAUCGGUACUUCUACGGUCUUGGAGGUCGGUUGCUCUAUUCACUACAUUUCCGAGUCUACAGAGAGGGUGAGGAGGGUAGGUGGAUCGUGCGCAGCAUGCAUAAUAGUGGCAAUGAGACGGUCUUCACACGAUCAGUCUCCGCUGAGCUCGACAAUCUCGAGCCAGGAACCUACUCCGUCGUCUUCAAGAUAUCCGCCGUGCGUCUUCCGGGCGCAUCGACAGCGGAAGAAGCGAUCUUGAAGUUCGCCGUGGAGCGUAAAGAAAAGCUGCUCUAUGUUGGCCGGCGGUUCGACUACGCUCAGAGCAAAGGUAAUCUUAGGGCUAUGGAAGAAGAGAUGAAGCAGCGGAGCAAGGUGGGCGAGAAGAGGAAGGUGAAGGACCUCCAGAAAAAGGUUCGGAAAGUAAACAUGCAAGAGAAGGAGCGCGCUCGACUGCGCAAAAAG